AUGGCUUACGGCAAGGAUGAUGAGCUUGCCAUCAAUACAAUCCGUCUGUUGGCCGUCGAUGCCACCUUCAAAGCCAACUCCGGUCAUCCCGGAGCCCCUAUGGGCAUGGCACCCGUUGCCCACGUCAUGUUCAACAAGUUCAUGAGCUUCAACCCCAAGAACCCAAACUGGGUCAAUCGCGAUCGUUUCAUCCUGUCGAACGGUCAUGGAUGCCUGCUCCAGUAUGCUCUCUUACAUCUCUUCGGCUACAAGGUGUCAUUAGACGAUCUGAAAGCCUUCCGAUCCAUAGACAGCAUCACACCCGGUCAUCCCGAAGCUCAAGAUACACCGGGCAUAGAAGUAACUACUGGUCCCCUCGGCCAGGGCUUUGCAAAUGCCGUCGGUCUUGCGAUUGCACAAGCCCACACAGCUGCCGAGUUCAACAAGCCGGGCUUCGAGCUGAUCAACAACCAUACCUUCGCAUUCUUUGGAGAUGGUUGUGCGAUGGAGGGCAUUGCUAGUGAAGCUGCCAGCACUGCUGGCCACUUGCAGCUCGGAAAUCUUAUCAUGGUCUACGACGACAACCAUAUCUCAAUUGACGGCGAUACCAAGUGCGCCUUUACUGAAGACGUCUUGCAGCGCUUUGAGGCGUACGGUUGGCACACGCAAUGGGUGAAGGAGGGUGAUACCGAUCUGGAGGGCAUCGAAGAAGCCAUCCGAAUGGCCAAAGAGGUCACCAACAAGCCUUCAGUCAUCAAGUUGACCACAACCAUUGGUUUCGGUUCUUUGUUGCAAGGUACUGGAGGAGUGCAUGGCAAUGCUCUGAAGGCCGAUGAUUGCAAGCAGGUGAAGAAGAAGUUCGGCUUUGAUCCAGAGGACUCAUUUGUCGUACCGCAGAAGGUCUACGAUUUGUACCACAAGCAUGCGGCUGAGGGAGCUGCGAAAGAACAGGAGUGGAACAAGAUGUUCGAAAAGUAUGGUCAAGAGCACAAGGCCGAGCACGACGAUCUUCUGCGAAGACUGAGCGGCAAGCUCCCAGAGGGCUGGGAGAAAAAGCUACCUACGUACAAGCCGGGAGACAAGGAGCAAGCAUCCCGGAAGCUGUCAGAAGCUGUCUUGGAAGCCAUUCACGGCGCCAUUCCUGACCUGAUUGGAGGCUCCGCAGAUCUGACAGGAUCCAACAACACUCGAUGGAAGGACGCCAUUGAUUUCCAACCACCAGUCCUCGGCAUUGGUGAUUGGGCAGGUCGUUACAUCCGUUAUGGUGUGCGUGAGCACUCCAUGGCCGGUAUCAUGAACGGGAUCGCUGCGUAUGGCACCCUCAUUCCCUUUGGGGGAACGUUUUUGAACUUCGUAUCCUACGCCGCAGGAUCCGUCCGCCUGUCUUCCCUUUCGCAUUGCCGUGUCAUCUACGUUGCAACCCACGACUCCAUUGGUCUCGGUGAGGACGGUCCAACCCAUCAGCCUAUUGAGACUUUAGCUCACUUCCGUGCGCUGCCCAACAUGAUGGUCUGGCGUCCUGCCGACGGCAAUGAGUGCAGCGCUGCUUACUAUGUUGCAUUGACCUCCAAAUCAAGUCCUAGUAUCCUUGCUUUGACUCGUCAAAAUCUACCUCAACUUGAGAACUCGACCCUACAGAACGCUAUCAAAGGGGGCUAUGUCUCCGUCGAGAAUGAAAAGGCCGACAUUACGCUCGUCAGCACAGGCUCGGAAGUCUGCCUCUGUAUUGAAGCGGUCAAAUAUCUCAAAGAUAAUCACAACCUCACUGCCCGCGUGGUCUCCAUUCCCUGCUGGGAGGUAUUCGACACGCAAUCCAAGGAGUACCGUCUGAAGUGUCUACCUGACGGAAUUCCCUCCCUGAGCGUCGAGGUCAUGUCGACCAUGGGUUGGGAGCGGUAUUCGAAUGAGCAAUUUGGUUUGAACCGAUUCGGUGCCAGCGGUGCUUACAAGGAUGUCUACAAGAAAUUUGAAUUCACUCCAGAGGGCAUUAGCAAGCGUGCUGUGGCGACUGUCGACUUCUACAAGGGCACCAAAGUCCGCUCCCCCAUCAAUCGCGCAUUCCAGCAGCUCAUCUAG